UUAUCUGGUCAAUACCAACAAAUAUCGAUCGCUGUAAAUAAAAAAUAAAAAAAAGCCAGCUGAUCGACCCCCAGUGGACACAAUAUCCAAGUGCAAUGGUCAUCAGUUCGACGCCAAAUCAACGUUAAAUUAACGCCGAUAGCGUUGAUUCAACUAUGAACUAUCGCCACUCUGGGAUAUUGUGUCCACUGGGAUAAUGGUGGGAGCCCGCGGGAUAAGGGGCUCCGGCGAGGUGCAGGAGGCUUCACCAGCGCUUCCUGCGCUGUCAUCUGCCAAGCAUCUGUUGACAUUCCACCAGCUGAGACCGUGAACAUGGCAGCUCCAGCACCCGCCUGCGGCCUUCAAGUCUUCUAGCACCGAGGUCACCAACUGGGUCAUUACCUUGGUCCCUCGUAACUGGUGAUUAAAUCGAGGCGCGUGGGUUUCUUGGCUGAAAGAAGACAAUAUUUAGAACACUAAGAAAAGGAAGACAAUUUUGAGGAGAAAAGUUUUAAGCCAGUAUGACUAUGUAGGACAUGGAAGGGAUUACGAAUACAGGCUAGAAGCUGUGAAUAGGAGGACGGAUUCCUAAUAGAAGGAUUCCAAACCAAUUGCAUCAUCAGCGAUCGAACGCCAACCUGCGGGGGAAGCGAGUCCGUCGUUGUGCCGACCAUUUCAAGUGCAUGGACAAGAAAAAAGUGAUAAUCAUUAAUAAAAAAAAAUAUGACUGAUACGGAGCCAAAUAUUUCGGGUCAAAUGACUUAGUGAGAGACAGUAAUAAUUCCCUUAUAAAGCCGCGGGUGAGGAAUCCAUGUGUUGCUGGUCGACUACUCGGCCUCUUGGAAGGUGCUUGCUGGAUACUGUGAGAAGCUCCGCCCGGCCCAGCAUUCCAAGAUCCUGACCUAACUCAGUGAGUCAGCCUUCAGCCUCUGAGCCUCGCAGUCGCGGCCGUGACGGGAGCUUGGCCACUGCUCCUGACCGCCAGGACCAGCUAGUUCACGGGGGAGGUCAGUCGAGGUCCACGACCCGACGUAGAUGUCAACGGUCCGUUACUACGAGUGACAUAAUCUAUGGUGCCCCAGCCUGAACGACCCUGCGACCACCUCCGUCAUUUCCGGUUUGUCCUCAUCGUUGUUCACCCAGCGGCUGUUUCCGGUGAGUGAGUCCCCACUAAACAGGUGUGAGGCAAUGGUGAGUAAUGAGGAUGAGUGAGUGUGUGGGUGAGUAAGAGGAGGCCCUCAGUCGGCCGUAGAGGCUAGGAGGGUGAGGCCACUGCGGUGCAUGCUCAGACACGGCCACGCACGCUGCCGCCCGCCGUGGCAAGUGUCCGCCGAGCCCGACCGUCCUAAGCCACUGUACUCAGUCACAGUGCGUUCGUCAACACCACAAGCCGCUCCACCAGGAUUUACAGUGAAAGUGUCGUCAGUGAUGGUGGCCCAGUGGUUAGCAGCGGUGUUCAGGUCGAGGUGCGGGCGUCCUCAUGUGGCGUGAUGAGGCCCCUCACGCCUGGCUUACUGCUAUGCGGCGAACAGCGAUUACUAAAAUCAUGUUGAUAGCGAGAACCAAUUGUUUACCGCGAUGUAACUGUGCAGGCGUAUACACUUCCAGAGACUCGGUGAGAUACACUCGGCAAAGUGUUUGUUGUGAUGUACUUACGGCGGUGUUUAGGAUAAGCAUGUCCGCGGCUUGAGUGCGUGUGAGUGUAUGUUGUGAUCAGUUCAGAGCGUGGAGGAGCCGUGUGCCUCCUCCUGCCGCCCGCCGCCCACUGCCCGCCCGGGUCCUGGCUGACUCAGGCGUGACUCAGGCACUACCUGCCGCCUACCGGCCGACGCCCACGCGCGCCCACGUGUCUCUACGGGCCUAUGCUCUCGCGCGCCAACGUGCCUGUACCUGCCAACGCCCACGCGCACUCACGUGUGCGCACGUGCCAACGCCCACGUGUCUAUACCUCGCGCGCGUCUCUACGGGCCUACGCCCACGCGCGCCCACGUGUCCGCACGUGCCAACGCACCUGCCGGGACCGUGGCUGUACCUGAAGCUCUCGAUAAGCCUCCGUGGCGUCCGUGACCUGCAGGCAGGAUGACCGUCGCGGUGGCCGCCACACUGACGGACCUGCCGCUCUCCCUUGCCCUGCUCCUCGGCAUGGACGACGUCCCCGACGCCCCCAUGCGCCACCCACGGCCGCCCGACGCCCCCCCUGUCACCACCCACGACUCCGCUACGCCCAGUACCUCCCGGCAGGAUACCUACGCCCUCGCUGAAGAAAUCACCCAUGAUUCCUACACUCUCGCUGCCCUCGAUGCUUACACCCUCGCCGUCCCCACCACCUACACCCUCGCCGCCCCCACCUCCUACUCCCUCGCCGCCCCCACCACCUACACCCUCGCCGCCCCGACCACCUACACCCACGCCAUCCCCACCACCGCCCACGAGGCGUACACUCAGGUGGACUUUCCCAAAGCAGCCCAUGACACUGGCCUCGACACAUAUCCUGAGGGCGGGUCACACGGGGCAUCAUUCUCAUGGGAGGGGGUAUCGCCCGACCCCGCCCUCAGCCUAUACGGGUCCCCGGGGCUGCCCGCGCCCUCACCCCGCCCCACGCCCACACCCGAGGCCACACACUCAGGACAUACUCAGAGCGCCGCUCAGAGUGUGAGUGUCACGCUUGCUGACCUCACCCUCGCCGCUCCCCACACCUGCCAAGCCCCUCCUGAGUACACCAGCGGCUACCAUGACGCCCCCCGCGGCUACCUCGACACACCCCCCUACAGGAGCAGCGCCUCCCCCUCAUUGGCUCUGCUGGCAGGGGAAGACCUACCGGGGAGCUCUGAUUGGUCGAGCAUCAGCGGAGCGACAGUGGGGUUGGAGGGGUGGGGCGCCGACCCCCUCCAGCACGUGUGGCCCUCUCCCUCCUGGCCCCCCCAGCAGGAUCCCUGGACCCUUCAGGUCUCCGCGGCGGGCCACCCUGCGGCUCUCAGCCCCGCCAGCAGGGAGGUGGCCCAAGGCCUCCCGCAGGGGGCGCCCACCGCCCGCCGCUCGGCCUCCCGCUCGCCUCUGAGCCCGCCGGCCCCCUCGCCCGGAGGGCGCUCGCCCCUCGCCCCGCCACUCCCGUCACCCGGAGGACGCUCGCCCCGCUCGCCGCUCGCCCCGUCAUCCGGAGGGCGCUCGCCCCUCGCCCCGCCACCCCCUUCACCCGGAGGGGGGGCCCGCUCGCCCCGCGACACCCGCCAGGCGGAGCGACGCCGCUGGCGGCGACGGCAGGAGGAACAGACGGGAGCAGAGGAGGGAGAGUGGCGGGGGCGUGGCAGCGGGUGGCGGCGGUGGCUGCCCCGCCGCGCACACAGUCUGGUCCUCAUGGAGGGAGAGGGAGGAGCGGCGGCGGAGAGUGGGGGGACUGGCACCCCCAGGGCCUCCCCCACCGCCCCCCCUCACACCCCGACACGACACCACACGCCACACGACGCCGACGACGCCGACGACGACGACGCGCCGGUGUGCGUCCCGCCAGGUGAGUCACCCAGAUUUGAAAUGUUUGAUCAUGCGCGCGCAGUCGCCCUUAGACCGGUCUGAGGCGCGGGUCUACCGCCCACUAGCGGGUGGCGUGGCACCGUGCCUGCCGUGGGUGGCGGCAGGACACACACACACACACACACACACACGCCGCCCUGCGCCACCCAGGCCACGCCGACCACCUUCUGGUGCGGGGCGGCAGCUGAGAGCCAGUGGCCCCGCCCACGCCACACUCACCGCCCACACCCACCGCCACGCCCACCAACGCCACUCUUGCAGGCGUGUUGCACACACACAUACGCGCAAUGCGGUGCAGCGUGUGCAAGGCGGCCACUUCCUCCAUGCACUGGCGGAUGCUGGCGGCCCAGAGACCGUUGGUUACCUUCCAGGAAUUGCAGACGGCAUGUGUGGGGGAGGGGGGGGUCAAUGGAGGGGUGUGGAGGGGGAGUGGGGGGUGGAGGAAUGGUCCGGGGGGAAGAAGGGGGUGUUGGUGGGGUUUAGGGACCUCGUACGGGGGUAAAGAUGGCUAUAUACAUGCUCCCCAUCGUGUCACGUCUUCCCGGGUGAGAGAGCUUUGCUAUGCGUCUUGAAUCUAGGUGCGGGGCAGGCAGAUUAUUGCUCAGCGUAUGGUCGCAGCCGCUCUCCUGCCUGCCAGCGCUUGGCCAAUCGCUCGGCGUAUAGCAGCAGCCGCUGACUCUCCUGACAAGGCUUGGCCAAUCGCUCGGCGUAUAGCAGCAGCCGCUGACUCUCCUGACCAGGCUUGGCCAAUCGCUCGGCGCAUAGCAGCAGCCGCUGACUCUCCUGACAAGGCUUGGCCAAUCGCUCAGCGAAUGGUAGCGGCCGCUGACCUGCCUGCCAGCGUUCGGCCAAUCACUCCGAGAUCACUGUGAGUCUUCAUACACGCUAUCGGUCAUUCAUACAUUUUCCUUUUACGUUUUUUGUAUAAUACAUGAUUAUGGUUGAGUGGGCCGCAGGUUUGUCGGACAGGUUAGAAAAACUCGAGUGUGAGCUCUGAGGGGCUAUCCUGCUGGUGGCGUUGUGGAGGCCCGUGGAGAAGCACUUGAGUGUGAGCUCUGAGGGGCUAUCCUGCUGGUGGCGUUGUGGAGGCCCGUGGAGAAGCACUUGAGUGUGAGCUCUGAGGGGCUAUCCUGCUGGUGGCGUUGUGGAGGCCCGUGGAGAAACACUUGAGUGUGAGCUCUGAGGGGCUAUCCUGCUGGUGGCGUUGUGGAGGCCCGUGGAGAAACACUUGAGUGUGAGCUCUGAGGGGCUAUCCUGCUGGUGGCGUUGUGGAGGCCCGUGGAGAAGCACUUGAGUGUGAGCUCUGAGGGGCUAUCCUGCUGGUGGCGUUGUGGAGGCCCGUGGAGGGGUACUGUGAGCAGAUAAUUAGGCCCUGUGAGGCCACUCAGGGUGCAGGGACAAGCAGGUUGCCCUCUACUUCACACAACUCCAUAAUUUGACCGCUGGUCAAGGGGCCCCAGAGAUGUUGCAUAUGAGGUACCGGAAACAUGCAAUGGCCGCCUGCCACGGCCGGUCCUCUGAGAGAGGCGAGGGGGGCCCAGUGCAGGGGGUUCAGCCCAAGCUUGUUCCGGUAAUGUAUUUCAUGGCUAAAGCUUGGCGCCUUGGCUUGAACCUCUGGCUUGGUGUUGGUCUUAUGAACUAUAACACCUCUGGAGGCUGGACGGUAGAGCGACGGUCUCGCUUCAGGCAGGUUGGCGUUCAAUCCCCGACCGUCCAAGUGGUCGUCCUCGUUCCAUCCCAAAUCCUUAUCCUGAUCCCUUCCAAGUGCUAUAUAGUCAUAAUGCCUUGGCGCUUUCCCCCCUGAUAAUUCCUUCCUUCCUUCAUUCACGCCACCACCAUAACUUACUGACCAACCAGCAAGGAUAUUCUUGAACACAGUCCAGGACAAAAGUAAACUCCCAGUGUGUAUAUAUAUACACCGAGAAGCGGGGUGUACCUCCAGUGUAUUAUUAUCCUACUCAACCGUGUUCAAGAGUCCUCCACGUUUUUCGCUGAAAGAUGAAUCGAGGAUACAUCAUGGGGUUCCCUGAAGCCUCUGGUCCGCCCUCAGGCUGAAGAGAAUAUAAAUGAUCCAUUAGAAGGUGGUGUAGUGAUUCGUUAGAGGGAUAUAGUGAUCCGUUAGAGGGGUACAGUGAUCCGUUAGAGGGGUACAGUGAUCCGUUAGGGGGUUACAGUGAUCCGUUAGAGGGGUACAGUGAUCCGUUAGAGGGGGUACAGUGAUCCGUUAGAGGGGUACAGUGAUCCGUUAGAGGGGUACAGUGAUCCGUUAGGGGGUUACAGUGAUCCGUUAGAGGGAUACAGGGAUCCGUUAGAGGGGGUACAGUGAUCCGUUAGAGAUGUACAGUGAUCCAUUAGAGAUGUACAGUGAUCCAUUAGAGGGGUACAGUGAUCCAUUAGAGGGGUACAGUGAUCCGUUAGAUGGGUACAGUGAUCCAUUAGAGGGGUACAGUGAUCCAUUAGAGGUGGUACAGUGGUCCAAAGAGUAAUAGAGGUCCAUUGAGUCCUCUAUUAAAAUAAAGAGUCCACAGAGGAAAACAGCGGUCCAUUGAAGCUCGCUGUGCCAUUCCAAUGGAAAGCCUAAUGCUGCAGCUUGUGUCCCAACGCAUUAAAAAAUAUCAACAAUCAUAGAAGAUAAUGUGUAAGAGGAAAUAUCUCCUGGUUGCCCGUAUAACAAAAAUAAGAUGAAGCACCCUCAACUAAAAAUAUUAAUGAGUUAGAUUAUUUUUAGAAGGAAUUGCUUGGAAUUAUUGGUGUAGAGAGCAUGUGACUGGCCAGACCACACACUAGAAGGUGAAGGGACGACGACGUUUCGGUCCGUCCUGGACCAUUCUCAAGUCGAUUGUGGCACGUUAUUGUGACUCAUCACCAGCAUGUGACUGAGGCUGGACUUUAUAGUUCUCUGAAUCCAAGUGUUUCCAUGACGUAAACACGAGAACAAACUAACGUCUAAACACUGUGAAUGUUAGCGCAGCAGCAGUCUAUCAUUUUCAUCUCAUUUGCUGGUGUCUUAGCAGUGCUCUGUAACUGUGGUGUCACCCCGAAGUGGCAGACGUUUCUUACUUGUUCAUUGCAAUAUCCGAAAAUUCGGCUGUAACUGCGAUUGAAACUGGCAAUGAUGCCGUUGCUCCAUUCACUCCUCAGCGCACUAGCACCGCCAUCAGUCAUUCUCUGGGUCGUGGGACGGGAAGGGGCUGAUCGUACCCUGCGGCCGAAGACGUUUUGCACACUCCAAGUUUUUUUAUUUUUUUUUGCCUUAACUAGGAGUGAAUCUUCGAAGAUUCCCCCCCCCCCCCCCCGUGUACGAUCAUUAU